AUGUUAGAAAGAAGAAACGGGAGGACGGGAGGCAAGAGACAAGGAAGGGGCACGAGACGAAGCACCCGGGAUGCAGGCAGUUGGUACAGCGGACCCUCGGGAAGGGGUGUGGCUACUGAGGGGGCGGGGCAAGGCCAGGGGCGGGGCCGGGAUGCCGGUGGAGCCAGGGAUCUAUGGCUGCUCCACGGUCCUAGACUUUCCAAGCCAGUCACUCACUGGGGUGUGCCGGGGCAGACAGAGGCCAGAGCAGCAGCAGGGCAGCAAGAAAGACGGCGGGCUUCAGAGGCAUCUUCCAGAGCAAUAGCCAUGCGAAGGGAAACUCCAGGGGACUUCGAGCCCGAGCCCUGGCACCUUAGGGCGGAGGCGGGAGAGGAAACAACAGAGGUCCCAGCGACCAUGGAAGCCCACGCUGCGGGCCCCACUGCAGGUCUGAAUCUCUACACUUCUCUCUUCCCUCACCCACUGAGAAGGCCUGGUGGAGACACAUACCUGAUGGCUUCCUAUACCAUUUCCUUCUGCUCCUCAAUUCUCUGGCUGAGCACUAUUGCAGCAGAAGAUUGCCAUCCCAACCAGAGUAAGCUUCUAGCUUCCCAUGGCACAACGGUGAUGACUGGGGGGACAGUUGAGUUCUACUGUAAGCCAUGGAGGCUAUCACUGAAAUUAAAUAGUGGGAGACACAACCAAAGAAUAUUGCCAGAGUUUGAUCCAUUUAUGAGUCUUGUGAUUGAUGAAUGUGGAAAGAUGGCAUCAUGUGGGCAACAGAACAACAUUGGAAUUGUAGUGUAAGGAAAUAGUAUCAUCAUGUUAGAAGCCUUGGAACGAAUAUAA